UUGAAGCUCAGCUCUCGUUUUUCCGCCCCAUCAGCCUGUGACUGUGACCCGGACGGCUCGCAGAACGGAGGCCUGUGUGACGGCCACACCGACCUCUCCCUGGGCCAGAUGGCCGGUCAGUGUCGCUGCAAAGCCAACGUUGAAGGGCCGCGGUGCGACAAAUGCAAAACCGGCUUCUUCGGCCUGAGCGCGGAAGACCCCCAGGGCUGCCAGCGUGAGUAG